UGGAGGCCGGGAGGCGGGCUUUGCCUACGUUUAUCGAGCUUCUGCGAAAGCAAAAUGGAGGGGUGUGUGUCUAACCUAAUGGUCUGCAACCUGGCCUAUAGUGGGAAGCUGGAAGAGUUGAAGGAGAGCAUCCUGGCCGAUAAGUCCCUGGCUACUAGAACCGACCAGGACAGCCGAACUGCUUUGCACUGGGCAUGUUCAGCAGGACAUACAGAGAUUGUUGAAUUCUUGCUGCAACUCGGUGUGCCAGUGAAUGAUAAAGAUGACGCUGGUUGGUCUCCUCUUCAUAUUGCUGCUUCUGCCGGCCGAGAUGAGAUCGUAAAGGCCCUUCUGGGAAAAGGUGCACAAGUUAAUGCUGUCAAUCAAAAUGGCUGUACUCCUCUACAUUACGCAGCUUCCAAAAACAGGCAUGAGAUUGCUGUCAUGUUACUAGAAGGUGGGGCUAAUCCAGAUGCUAAGGACCAUUAUGAGGCUACAGCAAUGCACCGGGCAGCAGCCAAGGGUAACUUGAAGAUGAUUCAUAUCCUUCUGUACUACAAAGCAUCCACAAACAUCCAAGACACUGAGGGUAACACUCCUCUACACUUAGCCUGUGAUGAGGAGAGAGUAGAAGAAGCAAAAUUCCUGGCAUCCCACGGAGCAAGUAUUUACAUUGAAAAUAAAGAAGAAAAGACACCCCUGCAAGUGGCCAAAGGUGGCUUAGGUUUAAUAAUCAAGAGAAUGGUCGAAGGUUAAAGUAGCUUGGAUUUACUCUUACUUUAUAUGUUUUGUUGUCCCCAAUGUCCUGGAAACUAAUGUACUUGUGCACAAGGCAUCAUCUGCAAAGGAAGUUUUCUUACCUUCAGAAUCUUAUUAACAUGUUAUAUUGUUCCUGCUGAGAUACUUGUUCUACAACCUGCUUUCCAGGCAUUGAAUAAUUGUUGAGAUUGUUCUACUGUCAUCACAUGUUUUCUAUUAUUGAAUUUUGGUUAAUUUUAAGUGAUUGUGUGGCUGUUGUGAAUCUUCAGCACCUUCCUGUGUACCUUCUCUCUCCCUCUGAAGCAGAACAACCCAAGUAGCACUAGGCAGGUUCUGUCAGGUGGUUCCAGGUGGAUUCUGUAUCUUCAUAUAGUUGAAACACAUCCUAACUUGUUUUUCAAGCUAUUUAUUUAGUCGACCAAAUUUUAAGUUGGAGAGUAUGCUCUAAAAUAACAGAGUACAGUAUCCUGUGUACCCAUGUGUCUCUUUGAUGAGCUGUUUUCCUCCACAAGAUGUUUUGUUUUUAAAAAGGAAAUUUAUGGGCCGGGGAUUUAGCUCAGUGGUUCUGCCGCCUGCCUCGCAAGCGCAAGGUCCUGAGUUUGAUCCCCGGUACCGAAAAAAAAAAUUAAAAAGGAAAUUUAAAAAUACCUAUGUUGACUCAACUUGUAUUGAAAAGAAUGUCCACAUUGUUAAAGUGUAACAAAUAUGUAUUUUGAUUUGUAUUUCAGAACUUUAAAUGUUAAAACAAUUGCACAAUUUUUUUUUUCAACUCAGACAUUCACUUAAGCCUUAAAAUUCUAAGUAAAGACAUUUCUCAGUUGUGGGUAGCUCUAAAGUCGAUAAAAUUAGUGAAGCUUGAACUGCAACUAAAAUCUUGGAAACAAUAGUCUUCUGAAUUGCCAACUAAAUGCAGAGCAAAAGGAAAUUAAUAAGUGCAAACUUGGGCUCAAUUUAGGGAAGCAUCUUAAGUGAUUAUUAGUUAUAAAGUCUAAUAUACUCAAAGUGAUUCUUCAAAUUAUUUUUUAAUUUGAAUUUUAAGCUGUAAAUAUUGUUUGAAAUAAGUAAUCCAAGUGAGCCCACAAACUUGUAUUAAUUUGAGGUCAAAGACUUACUGACAAGUAAGUAAAAUGAGUUUAGUAAAUAUGAACUCUGUUGUUUAUAAACAAAACCAUUUUACAUAAAUUCUUUUUUGCAGUCCUGAAGAUUGACGUUUGGGACAUUAGGCAAGUGCUCUACCAUUAAGAUAUACCCCCAGCCCAGGGAAGCAUCUCCUUAUGGAACAAAAAUCUUUCUUUACUCAAUGCUGGAGAUAGAAUAGGUGGUAGGGGAAAUAAUGUAUUUCCAAUAUUUUUAAUGUGACUAAACAGUCAAGUUUUGUCUAAUAGGAUCUGUUAAGACUAAAGGCCUUUAAAUGUUGAAUUUAUUAUCUGAGGUAAUAGGCUUUAUGGUAUAAAAGAAACUCAUUAUAAUUCCUUAGUAUGAGUUCUUCAGUGAGCAAUACAGAUGGAACCAAGACUGAGGUAAUUUGUACACUUAAGUGACUUGUUAACAAUAUUUGAAUCACUGAUUUAUAUAAACUAAGGGUAUUAAUGGCCUCAAAUCCUGACCAAAUUGUUAACUGUAGAAAAUCUGAUACAGGUAAAGCUGACUCGAGGUCAGCAUGUUUUAAUUCCAAAAUGAACUCAAAAAAGAUAAUUCAAUUUUAAAGUUUAACUGAAAGUAUAACUUGGAAGAAAUGGGUCAAUAAAACUGGAAAAAUUUAUGUUCUUAAGUACCUUUUAUAGGGAAUUCAUAAUUUUGGUGAGAUUCUAGGUAAAUCUACAUUCUACUUUAGAAUCUUUGACUUAACAGUUUAAUUCUCUGACCCUAGCAUUUUGAUUUCCUGUUUUUCAAUUAUACCAACUACAAUGAAUUUUUUAUGCAGCUCUGCCUACUGUUUUCUGUUUCUAUAUUCUGUUAUGGAAUAUUAGUCUGUCAGCAAAUUUCUUCACUUUGCUUUAUAUGGCUCCUCCUUCACAGUACUAUUGACUGUCAAAACUUGAAUGCAGAAUGUUGUAUGUGUAUUUUUCUCGAAAGAGGUUCAUAAUUUUAUAAAUUCUAAAAAGGAUCUGUAAUUCCUCAAAAAGUUAAGAAUCACUGGGUAAGAGAAAAAAGAAUAUCAAAUCAAUUGUCAGGAGAUAUAAGUUCCAGAACAUUGUAGUUCUACCACACUUUAUAGGCUUUACAUGUAUUCUUACUAUAUCCUUUAAAAAGACAGAAACCAUCUCCAUUUUACACAUGAGAAAAUACCAAUACCAAAAUACAGCUUUCCUGGAUCCUAAUACCUUUUUUUUUCUACCUAUACUUAAAAACAGUGGACCAAAUGGAAGGUACUCUGGCAUUGAUAACCCAUUAGUUUUAACACCUACCCUGUGCUUUUCUUCAAAUUGCCUGUGAUGUAAUAAUAAAUACAUAUUUGACUUCAGUCCCCAGUUACUGACACAGAGCUCCUGUGACUUUUUUAGUACAUAUUGCAGUAGAUAAUGAUUACAUUCCUUGUGGGGAUUUGUUACUUGUAUAACAUCUUAAUUCUUUCUUCAUCCCCUUCUCCUCCCCUCCCUCCCCACACUCCAUCUCUUGUUCCCCUUCCUGUUUGAGAAAGAUCUAUCUCCCUACUUCCUAUUAUCUUUUAUUUUGCUCUUUAUUUAUAUUUUGGGUUUCUCACAUAAGAGAAACCAUGUGGUAUUUAAGCUUGUGUGUCUGAUUUAUUUCACUUUAACAUUAUAGCCUCAAGGUAUAGAGGUUAGAGGAGUAUCUUAUCCAGAACUACUAAAUCUCUUCAGAUUUCUUGGUAAUAGGAACAUCUUUUGUUCUAAUUGUGCAACUCUUAGGCUCCUGAAUAGCUUCAUGUGAUACACACACACACACACACACACACAUACACAUACAUACACAUACACGCACACAGUCUCUUCACUAUAAUGGCCAAACCAUGAUCAGAAACUUGAAACUUUCAGCCCCGUCUCCCAGUCCCCUCUGUGCUGCAGACUCAAUAAUGUGAUAAAGUGAAAACACAUUUAGGGUCAAGGGCUGUGAAUAAAGGAACUAUUUUGUUUUCCUUCAUUGGCAUUUUUUGUUUCUCUCAUCAUUUUCUGAGUUCUUUGUUUUUAAACCAAAGCUUCAAAGAAAAGUGGGAUCAUUAACUUGAUUGGUUUGAACCCUGUUUGUUUAUUUGUGGUUCUGGGGAUGGAACUGAGGUACUUGCACAUAGUAGGCAAAUGCUCUUCCACUGAGUUAGACCCCCAGCUUCAUGGCUUGAACCUUUUGUGAUGCCCUGUAGCCUGUUUUCCAACAUGUAGACAUUGUAAAACAACUUUGUAUUACUAAAACUUGGGCUUCAUUGAAAUUAGUAGUUUGGUGCCUUUGAAAGAGUAUUACAUUGGGAACCAGAAUUUGGAUCUAGUUUGUAUAAUCUCAAGAAGAUUAUUUUCCCUCUCUUUACUCAGGGAUUCUCGUCUGGAGCCUGGGUAGGAUUAUGUAAGAGCAAAGCAGCUUUUUAAAAGUACAUUGACUCCUUCCUGUCUCUCUCACCAAGAAUGUACAAUUCUAUAUCAUCUACUUCCACCCCCAUCAUUAUCAGGAGAGAAGCACUGUAUGCGUUAUAACCAUCAUAUGUGCUGGAGUUGAAAAAAGUUGAAUAUGAUCAAUGGUGAAGUUUUCUUCCAGCUCUGAAAUACUUACUGAAGGUUUAUCAGACUUGAGUUACGCACAGGCCAGUGUAAAAGGCAAAUACUAACUUUUUAGCAUAUAAGGCUGGGGAUGUAGUUUAGUGGUGUCACACCUGCCUGGCAAGUCCAAGGUCCUGAGUUCAAUACCUUGUACCGAAAAAAAAAUCUGUGUGAUUUCUUAUCUGUUGAUCAAAAAUUACUGUAUUUUAGUCCCCUUUCAUUAUAGAUCACUAUAAUUUGGAGGCUUUCCCUAAUGCAGUAAAAAUUACAGCUUUCCUAUCCUGCAGAAUUGUUGAUAACGCUCACUACUCAUAGUUAGCAACACUCCAUGAGGACAAGGGCUACCUCUGAUUCUGCUCACCAUUGUACCACCAGCAGUGCCAAUUUCAUACUAGCUAUUCAAUAAAUGUCCGGUGAGUGGUUGAAUAAAGAAACAAAUUAGAUAAGGGUUUACUACCAAUAAAGCUGUUCUGUUGACUAGGCACACCCUAGUUGCUAAAUGCAGAAACAGAUGAGACAGAGAAGUUCCUGGAAAUUGUUGUGUGGAAAGAGUGGAUCUUUAAGAAGCAUAGGGCUGGCUUGAGAAGUUUGUGAGACUACCCACUAAAUUUUAAGUACUUGUGGCAAAAUAAAUAAUUUGGUACCCUCUAUGAAUAAGGAUUAUUCUAAAAUAAUUUAGUCAAAGCUUAACUAGUCAGUAUUUUCUGAUCCAAUGAUGAAGAACAGGAAACAUUUUGUUCCCUUAUUGGGAAGCUUUUAACAUACAAGCCUAUUCUUGUCUAAGUGAGAUUUAGUGAGCAGAAUUGUGUUACGCCAGUAUCUUACAGGGAUUCAUGAUUCAUCACAAACGUACAUAUUGGGUGUAUCAUGGAUGUACUUAAAGGAGACUGGGAUGAAAUUGCACUGACCAGAGUAGGCUGAGUAGAUGCCAAACUCCAUGGUUUGAUUUGAGAGGGCUGACAAGAUUCCUUUUUCUAUGAAUAUCUUCCUUAGAUUAUUUCAGUAUAUAAAAUCCCCCCAUUUAGACUUUUUAGGUUAUGGGUUAUCUAUGUUCAAAAGUCCCCUUUAAAAGGUAAAUUCUCCUGAGCUGGGCAUGGUGGUGCAUGCCUAUAGAACCAGCUACUUGGGAGACUGAGCAAGGCGAUUACUUCAUUUGGAGGCCAGCCUGAACAGCAUAGCUUGACCCUGUCAAAAAAAAAAAGGUAAAACUAAGAUAAUCGUAAAUCAUUUAUCAAUCUGAAUGAGAUGACUGGAUGAUAAAAGUUCAUGUUCACUGGACAAGAACAGGUUAUAGAACAGCCACCUUUUAAAGGGUGCCAAGAGUAGGGGUUGGUCCUGAGCAAUGAAUCUUGCCUGAGGGAUACAGACCUCAGUAGGUCACUGAGCUAGUAAAAGCAUAGGAAUCUUGGGUGUCUGGAAAAUAAGGCACCGCAAAGGCCAGGAAAGGGACUGAGGAAAAAUCCAAAGGUACAUACUUGCCCAGCUGGACAACACAUACUCUGCAUAUUUUAAAAGCCAGACAUUUUUGUCUAUUUGUGUCAUCCACAAAUUUAAUAAGUAUGACUUCUGUGUUUUUGUCUAAGUCACUGUAUUUAAUCUUGGAUUCGGGUACUCUGUAACAUCUGAAAUUGUGUGUGAUACUCUAUGAGUGUAUUUUUCAGUGGCAAAGGGUUCAUAGUUUUCAGGAGACUCUCAAGGUGAUCCAUAACUACAAAAAGGUUAAAAACCAUUUGAUCAAACUACUCAUCAGUAUGUUGAACAGAACAGUGUUAAUAAUUACAGGGUUGUAUAAGACCAGUAGUGCCUUCCUUCCUGCUCAGCACUGAUCCAUCAGAAAUGUUGGACUUAGUAUUGACUAUUACAUGUCAGUCUUAUGAUUAACCUGAAUCAUAAAAGUGGAAGGGAAAAAUGACUUCCAGCUACUUAGACAUUCUGGCCAUUGAAUUUUUUAUACUGUUGAUGUUCAGUUUUUAAUAUCUAAAUAUUAGGCUAUUCUUCAGAUCAUCAUUUUACUUCCUGUACUAUUCAGGCAGUAUAUGUCAUAUAGUUUGUUAUUUUCUGUGAAUGAAAUUGCAGAUGCUUCAGAAAUCCCUGAGAAUAGUUGCAAACUGACACAAUAAAGAAAAUACGUAAGUUAAAGCUU